UUGCAUGGUACUUUUCGCUGCCUUCUUUUGUUUCUUCACUUUAGCCGAAAAUGGUGAAGACUUAUAUACUCGCUCCUAACUGGACUACGGCCCCGCCGCCGGAUGGGCCCAUCAAACUUGGCCAUCUCCUGGAUGAUCUGACAGAAUUUGUACCUGUCAAUCGCCGCGGGAUUGUCGACAUACCCACAGAGCUUCUCAACAAGGUUGACAUCAAAGAAGGAUUCCAAUCAACCCGCAGCAGACUCGUGUCGGGCGAGCUUGGCUUGUUUGCCAAGGUGAUUGGGCUUGUUGGUGUCGGCGCAGGGGCUGGCAUUUACUACAAAAAGGACAGCAACGACAUACUCUCUUGCAAGACACUGGAAACCAUGACAUUCGAUCCCACGGCAGAAUACAUCGCGGAAAGCAUGGAGCUGCCUGAAGUUGCCAGAUACAUGAAGGGCUGUCAGUUUCGAGAGCCUCUGUAUAUGAUAACCGGGUUCAAGAUAGGUCGGGGUGGCAGUUUGCAGAGUAGCAACAGUCAGAACAGAAAUCUGAAGCUGAUUGGUGGCCUCAAUCCGCCCGGAAGCCCCAUCAAUAUCGAGGGCAACGUUGGAUUUGUCAGAGAAGAGACAGAGAGCGAAGCUUGGGAAGGAUCUACUGACUUCGUCGUAGCCUUUCGCGUCAGGAAGAUUUGGUAUCAGAAGUGGGACAUCAGGAACAAAGCUCACAACAAGAACGUGAUAAUGCAGGGUGGGGCACAGUCUGAGACGGUUCCGGACAUGAAUCUUCAGACUAGUGAGAACGUUCAGGGGGAAGAAAUAUCACAGGAAGUGGAGCUGAUGACGGGCCAAAAUGAUGAUGGCGAGGAAGGGGCGAGUUGGAUUCUUCCUAUUCCUGCCUAGA